GCCGCCGCGGCUCAGCCCCCGCCCGGCCCGAGUCCCCGCCCGCCUCGCCCCCAGCGCAGCGCUCUCCUGCGUGCAGCAGCCCCGCACCGCAGGCAGCCGCAGCCGCCGCCGCCCCGGGACCCGGCGAAAUGGCUUCUGGAGUUACAGUGAAUGAUGAAGUCAUAAAGGUUUUUAAUGACAUGAAAGUCAGGAAAUCUUCAACCCCUGAAGAGAUUAAAAAAAGAAAGAAAGCUGUUCUUUUCUGCUUAAGCGAUGACAAAAAACAGAUAAUUGUAGAGGAGUCGAAGCAGAUACUGGUUGGUGACAUUGGAGACACGGUGGAGGACCCCUAUACAGCCUUUGUGAAGUUGCUACCUUUGAAUGAUUGCAGAUACGCUUUGUAUGAUGCCACAUACGAGACAAAGGAGUCGAAGAAAGAAGACCUGGUAUUUAUAUUCUGGGCUCCUGAAAGCGCACCUUUAAAAAGCAAGAUGAUCUACGCAAGCUCUAAAGAUGCCAUUAAAAAGAAAUUUACAGGUAUUAAACACGAGUGGCAAGUAAAUGGUUUGGAUGAUAUUAAGGACCGUUCAACACUUGGAGAGAAAUUGGGAGGCAACGUUGUAGUUUCACUUGAAGGAAAACCCUUAUAAAAAGACAGACAAGUGCCAUCUGGAUCUAAGGAGCUUCCAUUUCUGCAGCUCGUUCAAUUGGAAUAGUAUUAGUCUCCCCAUCCCCUUCCCUCCACAAAAAAAUAAGUCCCUUUCCCCUAAUGCCCCUGAAGGAGAUGUAAUUGUUAAGCAGUCUACCAGCGAUCGCCAUUAGACUGUUUAAUCCUGGUAGUUUUAUGUAGGAUCCAAGGAAUGCUUUCACGUCAUCCUCUUAGCCAAAAGUGACGUGGCAGGCAUUCCUUGCAACGUGUACAAUGAAUGUGAUAGUUAAUGUGAAUAGUCUAGCAGACAGCAAAGGGUAAGCUAAUUGAAUGCCUUGAAAGUAUCGUCCACUGGUCGGAUGGUAGACUCUAUACAGUAUUACUUACAGUUGCACUUGAUUGCAGUUCCAUGAGGCUCUUGUGCAUUCAUACACCUCACCUGCCUUGACAAGCCUAUUUUUUGUGACAUGGCAGCACACAACACUAUGCAUUUAAAGCACUUUUUUGUAAGAUGUUUGACCCGCCCCUCCCCCCCAAAGGAAUGCCAAUUAAGUUGCUGUAACUGUGUCAUCAGAUUAUUGUAGUACCUCAGUUUCAUUCCUGUUACAUGCAUAUCUUUAUAAAUGAAGUAGCUGUUACGAUGCCUUUUGUUUUCCAUUGAAUGUACACUACUGAACAGGAGUAGAAGUUAACCUGUUUACCAUGUGAGUCUUGAAACACUAUAAAGUUUUGUAAAACAUCCGUCACGGUGGCAAUUUCUGUACUGAAAAGAGCCUUAAAUGGAACAUUGUUGUGGUUUUUUUGUUUUGUUUUGGGGUUUGUUUCUCUCUCUUUUU